GCCUCCUGGCACGGACUGGUCACAAACUUAGGCGAGGUGGACGUUCCAGCCGCCUAGGAUGAGGAGGUGCGGCCGCCACUCGGGGUCGCCGUCGCAGAUGCUACUGCUUCUGCUCCCGCUGCUGCUGCUCGCGGUGCCCGGCGCUGGCGCUGGCGCGGCCCACCUCUCGGUUCUCUACUCGUCCUCAGAUCCGCUGACGCUGCUGGAUGCGAACACGGUGCGCUCGACAGUGCUGGGCUCCAGUAGCGCCUGGGUGGUGGAGUUCUUCGCCUCCUGGUGUGGCCACUGCAUCGCCUUCGCCCCGACGUGGAGGGAGCUAGCCAACGACGUGCAGGACUGGAGGCCAGCACUGAAUCUUGCUGUCCUGGACUGUGCUGAUGAGACCAAUACUGCUGUCUGCAGAGACUUCAACAUCGCUGGCUUCCCAACUGUGAGGUUUUUUAAGGCCUUCUCCAAGGAUGAUUCAGGAACAACAUUGCCAGCGGCUGGUUUGAACGUGCAGACGCUACGCAGGAGGCUCAUUGAUGCUCUGGAGUCCCACAAUGACACGUGGCCCUCAGCCUGUCCACCACUGAAGCCUGCCAAGCUGAAGGAGAUCAACGAAUUCUUUGCAAAAAAUAAUGCAGAGUACCUGGCCCUGAUCUUUGAAAACAAAGACUCCUAUGUGGGUAGAGAGGUAACUCUGGACCUGUCCCAGCGCCAUGUACCAGUGCGCAGGGUCUUGAAUACAGAGAGUGACGUGGUGAGCAAGUUUGGUGUCACUGAAUUUCCAUCAUGCUAUCUGCUGUUUCAGAAUGGCUCUAUCGUCCGAGUGCCUGUGCUGACGGAGUCCAGGCCUUUCUAUACAUCCUACCUGCGGGGACUGUCUGGAGCAACCAGGCAGACUCCCCCAACCACAGCUGCACCAGUCACUGCUGAUGUAGCACCCACAGUGUGGAAGAUUGCAGACCACUCCAAGAUCUACAUGGCUGACCUGGAAUCCUCACUGCAUUACAUCUUGCGCGUAGAAGUGGGAAAGUUCUCAGUUCUGGAGGGACCACGUCUACUGGCCCUGAAAAAGUUUGUGGCAGUAUUGGCCAAGUACUUCCCUGGUCAGCCUUUGGUCCAGAACUUCCUGCACUCCAUAAAUGACUGGCUUCACAGGCAGCCGAGAAAGAAGAUCCCCUACAGUUUCUUCAGAGCCGCUCUGGACAACAGGAAGGAGGACUCUGUUCUUACUGAGAAGGUGAACUGGGUUGGCUGCCAGGGCAGUGAGCCACACUUCCGGGGCUUUCCCUGCUCCCUGUGGGUCCUCUUCCACUUCCUGACUGUGCAGGCAAGUCGGCAUAGUGAAAGCCACCCACAAGAGCCAGCUAAUGGCCAGGAAGUCCUCCAAGCCAUGCGGAACUAUGUUCGGUUCUUCUUUGGUUGCCGAGACUGUGCUAACCAUUUUGAGCAGAUGGCUGCUGCCUCCAUGCACCGGGUGAAAAGUCCCAGCAGUGCAGUUCUCUGGCUCUGGACUAGUCACAACAAGGUUAACGCUCGCCUCUCAGGUGCUCUGAGUGAGGACCCCCACUUCCCCAAGGUGCAGUGGCCUCCUCGUGAACUGUGCUUUGCCUGCCAUAAUGAAGUCAAUGGACAUGAGCCUGUGUGGGAUCUAGAUGCCACCUUCAAGUUUCUCAAGGCUCACUUCUCCCCAGCAAACAUCAUCAUAGACUCUCCUGCAACCCAGAGGGGUCCCCAGAAUCUGGAAGCUACCCCAGAGCUGCAUAUGUGAAGUCCUGCCCCAUUUCCGCUGAAGUCUCAAUGUUUCCUGCUUGGUCUUGGCCUUAAAUUGAGGUAGACAAGGCCAGAGUUUCCAUCCAGAAGAGAGGAUCCUGGGCUGGGUGGGCUGGAGUUGACCUCCUCACUGCAUUCCGAGGCUGUCUCCUUCCCUCCCUCCCAACAUGAAGAAAAUGCAGCAUUGCUUCUGGCCUAUCCAGCUCCAGCACCUCAGACCUGGGUGGGGUUUGGCUAUAGGAGUGGGUCUGGAAGCUUCAGGAAGUGACGCUGGUCUCCCAGGUUCAAACUAGAGUUUCUGCUUCAAGGGUGUAGUGUGAGGUUGGUGGGGUUUGGCUGUCUGGGUGGAUGACAGUGGCUGGGCUGUGGGGUGCGGUGCUUGCUUGGUGGCAGGGCAAGGGUGAUGCUGGGGUCCAGAUAGUCCUGUGCUAACUGCAAGAGGAUAGACCUCUCUCUGGGCUGGGGCUCUUGUCUUUUAUUUCGUCUUCUAAAAUCAGUGCUAACUGUUGGAUGUGGUAGGUGCUGGGUGGAGAGCUGUGAGGGGAGGGUUUUCCCCUUGGGUUUUCCACUGUAGUCAGGUAGAGGUGGGAAGAGACUGGUAUAUGUGCUUAAUCUCACUCUCCCCCACUGCUUGGGAGGGGUGUGGAAUAAAAUUAUUUUUGUUAAGUCA